CAGCAGCACACGUAGUAACAUGGUAAGACACCGCUCGCGUUCAGCAUCGCCGCAAGCUCGAGACCGUGACCGGGACAAACAGAGAGACCGCUACAGGUCGAGGUCGGGAGAGAGAAGCAAGCGCGACAGGCGAUACGACGACAGCGAUGGCGAGCACGGGAGCCGCAGGCGGCACAGGUCGAAAAGCAGGUCGAGGAGUAGAGAUAGAGAUGGCGAGCCUUCGAGACGGCAGAGGGACAGAAGUGGCAGUCGAGACUCGGACAGGAAGAGACGAAAGCGCGACAAGUCUGAGGAGCGUAGGCUCAGAAAGCUAGAGAAGAAGCGCAUCAAAGAGGAGGACGAAGCACGCCAGGUUGCCGAGCUCAGCGUGUACAGCGCAACCGACAACCCCUUCCACGAUGUUAAUCUCGGGCAGCAAUUCCGUUGGCACAAGAAGAACGAAAAAGAACGCAAACAAGGUCUAUCCGCUGCCGAAGCCGCACGCCGUGACGCCAUACGCCGACAAGAAGCGAAAGACGAACUGGAAAGACUCAAUAGACGGCGUGCGGAGCGGGAGGCUGAGCAGAGGAUCAGGGAAGAGGAGGAGAUUAGGAUGCAGCGGCUGGCCGAGUCUGCCCAAAUGUCAGAGUGGCUGUCAAAGGAGGGCGACUUUGAGCUCGAACAGGAGCGAGUCCGGGCAACUGUUAGAAUCAAGGAAAAGCGUGCAAAAGCGAUUGACUUUCUUUCUCUCAACCUGCGCUAUGUCAACCCUCCCACCGACAGCGAGGAUGAUGACGUCAAUGACGAAGAGCUCGAAAUCGACCUGGAUGAACCAUAUAAUAUCCUGGAGAACCUUACGCCUACCCAAGUAGAGGAACUUCACGACGAUAUUGAGCGUUACUUAAGUUUGGAGAAGUCAGAAGUCAACAUCGAGUUCUGGACGAACAUGAUGGUCGUGAUCAAAGAUCAGCUAGACCGCAUCAAGCAAAACGAGCGGCUUGGAGUAGAGGUUGCAGCUGCCGUAGAAACUGAUAUUACCGCUCUCCUUCAGGGCAAGUCCUACGAUCACCUUGUCGCACUGCAAAAGUCUAUUCAGACAAAACUCACGAGCGGCGAGCCAAUUGACUUCGAGUACUGGGAGAGUCUACUCAAGAAGCUGCUUGUCUGGAAGGCGAAGGCGAAGCUGAAGAAUCUGCACGAGGUUGUUGUACGCAACAGACUCGAGCAGCUGCGCAAGCGUCAGCGGGACGAGGCCCUGCAGGCGCAGGAGGAGCUCCUCGCAGGUGUCGCACGCUCUGCUGCUCGUGGCGAGCGGCCAAACGCUGUCACCGAGAACGCGGAGCAAGUUAACGAACCUGCCGAGGAUCAGGAGCCGUACGACAGGUCGAUGAGCCCACACCUCAUUGAUAUCACCAAACUUCCAUACGAGGAACGCCAAAUCGACAUUGUUACUGAGCUUGAGGACUUGCGUAUAUUGCUUGCCCAACGCCGCUCUGUCGCCUCUUCGAGAUUCGUCCCACGCACAGCCCAACCAAUCGUCGAGACGCAAGAGACAGGCGAGACUGCAAGCAACGCCGACCUCGCGUCCGAAGCAUUGUAUCGCGCCGAAGCAGAGCGCGAGCUCGACGAAGAAGAAGAGCUCUUCAAUGUUGAGGAGAGCCUGCCGAACCCUACGAGCUACAACUGGGAGGACAAGUACCGACCCCGCAAGCCACGGUACUUCAACCGCGUGCACACCGGAUACGAGUGGAAUAAGUACAACCAGACGCACUACGACACAGACAACCCGCCGCCGAAGGUCGUGCAGGGAUACAAAUUCAACAUCUUCUAUCCGGACCUCAUCGAUAAGUCUAAGGCGCCGACUUACAGGAUUAUCAAGGAACCCGGCAACGAUGAGACGGUCAUCCUGCAGUUCAGUGCUGGCCCGCCAUACGAGGACAUCGCUUUUAGGAUUGUCAAUCGCGAGUGGGAGUUCUCGCACAAACGUGGUUUCCGAAGCAGCUUUGACCGUGGAUGCCUCUCGCUUUGGUUUAACUUUAGGCGCAACUUCUACCGCAAAUAAAUGUUGUAUUCU